UUUUCUCGCUUUCUAUUACUUCCACUCUCUCUCUCUCUCUCUCUCUGCCAAGCAAGACUUGUUGUCUUUUGGUUUAUAUCAAAUAAUUCAAAGAAAGAAGAGUCAGAGGUGAAGAGUUUUCUUGAAUUCCUGACUGAGCAGUGAAGAGAAUCAUGGCUUCUUUGAUUCUUUUCCCUGCAAAAUCUGUUACUGGAACUAGAAGCGAGACUAGCACACCAGGGUUAUUGUUCUCUGGUGGUGUUGGUCGUAGGCGGUCAGUGGUUCAGGUGGGGUUCAGGAAUCAAAGGUUGUUUACAGUUCGGUCUGCUUUGGAUUCUUUGGAAACAAACGUAUCUGAUAUGAGUGUUAAUGCUCCGAAGGGGUUAUUUCCACCAGAACCUGAACAUUAUAGGGGGCCAAAGCUGAAGGUGGCUAUUAUUGGAGCUGGGUUGGCAGGCAUGUCAACUGCAGUGGAGCUAUUGGAUCAAGGCCAUGAGGUGGACAUAUACGAUUCAAGGUCUUUCAUCGGUGGUAAAGUGGGUUCAUUUGUUGAUAGACGUGGAAACCAUAUUGAAAUGGGACUUCAUGUUUUCUUUGGUUGCUAUAAUAAUCUUUUCCGUUUGAUGAAGAAGGUGGGUGCAGAUAAAAAUCUGCUUGUGAAGGAUCAUACUCACACAUUUGUAAACAAGGGAGGUGAAAUUGGUGAGCUUGAUUUUCGGUUUCCAAUUGGAGCUCCGUUGCAUGGGAUUAGUGCAUUUUUGUCAACAAAUCAGCUUAAGACGUAUGAUAUAGCAAGAAAUGCUUUGGCGCUUGCCCUGAGUCCAGUUGUAAAGGCUCUUGUUGAUCCCGAUGGUGCAUUGAGGGACAUAAGGAAAUUAGAUAGUAUCAGCUUCUCUGAUUGGUUUUUGUCCAAAGGUGGAACACGCAUGAGUAUCCAAAGAAUGUGGGAUCCUGUUGCUUAUGCCCUUGGGUUUAUUGACUGUGAUAACAUCAGUGCUCGGUGCAUGCUGACCAUAUUCUCAUUGUUUGCCACCAAGACAGAGGCUUCUUUACUUCGUAUGCUCAAGGGUUCUCCAGAUGUUUACUUGAGUGGUCCCAUUAGAAAGUAUAUCGAAGAUAAAGGAGGCAGGUUUCAUUUGAGGUGGGGAUGCAGACAGAUAAUUUAUGAUAGAUCACCAGAUGGAGAAAUACAUGUCACAGGACUUGCCUUGUCGAAGGCUACAGAUAAGAAAGUUGUAACAGCUGAUGCUUAUGUUGCAGCUUGUGAUGUCCCUGGAAUUAAAAGACUACUUCCGUCCCAGUGGAGGGAAUCAAAAUUCUUUGAUAAUAUUUAUGAGCUAGUGGGAGUACCUGUUGUGACAGUACAACUUAGAUACAAUGGCUGGGUUACAGAGUUGCAAGAUCCAGAACAAUCAAGGCAGUUGCGACAAGCUGCUGGCUUAGAUAACCUCCUGUACACUCCAGAUGCAGAUUUUUCUUGUUUUGCUGACCUAGCACUCACUUCUCCAGAAGAUUACUACAUUGAAGGACAAGGUUCAUUGCUCCAAUGUGUUCUGACACCAGGAGAUCCUUACAUGCCCUUGACAAAUGAUAAAAUCAUAGAGAGAGUUUCAAAGCAGGUCCUCGCUUUGUUCCCGUCAUCCCAAGGUCUAGAAGUAACCUGGUCAUCCGUUGUAAAAAUUGCGCAAUCUUUGUAUCGUGAAGGACCUGGCAAAGAUCCCUUUAGACCUGACCAGAGGACACCUGUGAAGAAUUUCUUCCUUGCUGGUUCAUAUACAAAACAGGAUUACAUAGACAGCAUGGAAGGAGCGACCUUGUCCGGAAGACAAGCUUCAGCAUAUGUAUGCGGUGCUGGGGAAGAGUUAGUAGCUUUGAGGAAGACACUCGCAGCUGUCGAAUCUCAAGAUGGCACAAAAUCUCAAAAUUUAAUUGAUGAGCUCAGUCUUGUAUGAUCCUAUCACACAUCACACAUCACACAUCACACAUCACACAUCACACAUCAAAGCUUUAUGUGUAUGGUCUCAAAUGGCUGUAAUAAAUAGGUGUAAGUUUAUGAUAUAUGUAAUUCUAAACGCUGCCUAUGUAAAGAUUAGUUUCAAUUAUGAGGCAAUCUAGGUGUUUAUGAUAUAUCCCUUUGAUGUCCAGUCAUCGGCUUUGGUCGGAUUCGAACUUUGCUUCAUUAAAGCUAUCGGAUAUAUAAUUGUUAAAUUAAUUUUAAUUGAUUAUGAUAUUUAGUGUUUGUUUGA